GAAUGGCAAACAUAUCGAUAACCACUAGCACGGCACAGGUGUUUCCAGUCAGCUGUGGAUGUGGACAAUUUACAAUUUUGUUGUUUUGUGUUGUUCUUGUUCCGGAACUUCAAUCUAAUUAAAUUAGAUAAUGUAGCGCAGCUGAUCAAUAAUCGGCAAACAUGAAAGAAGUGGGCAUCGCUCUUCCCAAGUCGCGAGGCGUGGGCGUCGGAGUACUGGCAGCCCUUCUACUGUGCUUCAUUUUCUACUACUUCUACGGCGGUUACAUGACGUUGGCGCUAUUCACUGGAAUACUCCUCUUGAUAUUCUACAACGCCCAGGAUCUGCUACUUUAUCAUCCCGACCUGCCCGCUAACUCGCGAAUUUACAUACCCAUUCCGACGAUGCACAACCUGCCCCACAUCACGGUCAGCAUAAAAACGCCCGACGAUGUGACGCUGCAUGCUUUCUGGAUUAGCCAGCCGGAGGAGCGCUGCAAGUCGGUGCCCACGCUGCUCUAUUUCCACGGCAACGCUGGCAACAUGGGCCAUCGAAUGCAAAACGUCUGGGGCAUCUACCAUCACUUGCACUGCAACAUUCUGUUGGUGGAGUACCGCGGCUAUGGCCUGUCCACCGGUGUGCCGACUGAACGGGGACUAGUCACCGACGCCAGAGCUGCCAUCGAUUACCUGCACACGCGCCACGAUCUGGACCACUCGCAGCUGAUCCUGUUCGGGCGCUCGCUUGGUGGCGCAGUGGUUGUGGACGUGGCAGCAGACACUGUCUACGGCCAGAAACUGAUGUGCGCGAUUGUGGAGAACACAUUUAGCAGUAUACGGGAAAUGGCUGUGGAGCUCGUGCAUCCCGCUGUAAAAUAUAUACCAAAUAUAUUGUUUAAGAACAAGUAUCACUCCAUAAGCAAGAUUGGCUCGUGCUCGGUUCCAUUUCUGUUUAUAUCGGGCCUUGCGGACACCCUGGUGCCACCGCGUAUGAUGCGUGCCUUGUAUACUCAAUGCGGUAGCGACUUGAAGCGCCUGCUGGAGUUUCCGGGCGGUUCGCACAACGACACCUGGAUAGUAGAAGGGUACUACCAGGCUGUGGGCGGCUUUCUGGCCGAGCUGCAGCAGCAGCCAACUCCACUGCAGAAGGCGCCUGAAAAGAGCAAUGUGUGGGUGGAGCUGGAGCAUAAAAUCAUUGAUGUGUAGCUCCCGAAUAGCCCGAAUGCAUCAAGUGUUCUUCUAUCGACUGUGGUUAAAUACUUACAUAUAUACAACCAAUUAAUGACAGGGUUUUAGUCCGGACACACAGCUUAUGUCUUGUUGCGGCUUUGUGCAGGGAUUAACAACGUGCUAGCGAUGCUGGCUGUUCAUUUUUAGUAACUACGAAUAUGUGCUAAAGCAGUUGAACAAUUGCAACAGAAACAGUAUCCAAACUAUCAUCUGCGCUGUUUAAUUAUCUCUAAUUUUUAAUAUGUAUAGGUGUUUAUACAUAAUUGACAAAUAAUCAGUAUUUUACAAGGGGAAAAAACACUAUUUCUUUGCCGGAAAGUCGGUCCAUUAAGGCUUUCAUCACUAGCACGUUUACAAAGUUUGUGAGCCGGUUCCAUUUUUGAAAUGUUACACUAUUUAAUUGUUAAGGAUGUAACGAUAACAUAAGAUUAGGCUAGCAGGCUAAACAAACUGAUAAACAAUAAAGUUUAAACAAUCGCUAGAAUCCAA